UAAGAAUGCAGUGAAGUUCUGCGCGGGCGAGGUCUAGAGUAGAAUUAAUGAAGGAAUUGCUUCCUCGAUUAUCCUCGAAAUGCACUGGCUUGCGCUGGGAGUCUCUAUCCUUGCCAUGACCGGCACUACUACGUAUGCUAGUAGAUGCCCGGUGAAAGUAUCGCAAAAGUGGCCAUUGACAUUUGAGACGGGAUCAUGGAAUGGAAAGGGGACAGUUCAGAACACGGUUCUCACUGGUACUUAGCAAUGUCUCUUUAUAGCAUUUUAGCAUAAUUACAGGGACCACUGAGACAGACGGGCUUCGCUUACACGAGUGUAGGAUCGCAAAAUGAGACCGUAUCAGCCAUUAGCAUUACGGGCAACGGCCACAUCAUGCACGAUGGCGGUUCAAUUUCUUGGAAUUGCAUUUCCCCAACAGUCAUGCAAAUCAAGAUCGAUUCCUCAAAGCAAUUUGUCGGCGCAAAAUUCAUCAACGAUGCCACUGACCUCUUCUACGGUGUCUGGGAGUAUCCAUUGAGCGACACCAUCGUCAACUCAAACGUUUCCUUCGAAUUAAAAGGAUUCAGAAACUCCGAAGGAAUCAACUGGUCGAAUGCUAGGGCUCCAUUUUUCAUCAGUACUGCCGGAUAUGCUGUUUACGCUGAUUCUACCGCCAUGAGCUCGUACGAGUUUACUGCACCGGGAACAGCUGAAUUUGUCUUCAACACGAGCUCUUUGACGUACUACAUCAUAACGCCGGAAAAGAAAAAUGAUUACAAGGCCAUAAUUGAGGAAUAUACUGGACUAUCUGCUAGAAGUAUAAUGCCUCCGGACUCAGCGUAUGGGCCCAAUUUCUACUCGGAUGAUUUUGAGGAGGAUUUCCAUGGCUAUGUCCGUAAUGCGCAGGAGAACUAUUAUGAUGUUGUGGAUCAUCUGUACUAUCACCAGAUUCAUGCUUCUGGUUUAUUUGCGGAUCGUCCAUAUGGAACGGGAAACUCUUCCUUUGGGAAUUUCGACUUCGACCCAAAGUAUUAUCCCACCCCAGAACAGUUCAUUCAGAAUCUUACCGACUACGGAUUUGACUUCCAGGUAUGGGUUGCGAACCGGGCAUUCCUCGACACCGAGCUCUACAAUGCGUCAGUGGAGAAUGGCUGGCUCUUUCCUGGAAUUGAUCCGGAACAGUUUCUCGGUCCGGCUUUGAACUUGUCGAUACCUGCUGCCUAUGAAUAUUUCAAGGAGAGGUUGAGCUAUUUCCCAUCAAUCGGAGUCAAGGGGUACAAAAUCGACCGCGGCGAAGAAGGUGAAAUGCCAGUCUUUGAACAAAACAUCCAGGAUGUACUCUUCAGAAGGCUCUGUUAUGAAACCAUGGUCGAGAAAUGGGGUGAGGAUGGCUUCCACGAUUUUGCCCGAAGUGCCUAUGACCGUGACCGUGCUGUCACCACUGUUUGGGACGGAGAUGCCCACUCUAACUUCACUGGUUUGAGAUACACCGUUGCAGAUGGCAUCAGGGCCGGUCUUAUUGGUUUCUCCCACUGGACAAGCGACACGGGCGGCUAUGUCCGUGAGGGAGACGAACCCACCGAAGAGCUCUGGGCAAGAUGGAUGCACCAUUCUGCCUUCACCCCGGAGUUUUUGAUCAUGAUCGGCACAGGCCAUACUCCAUGGUACGCACCAUAUACGGAAAGGCUUGUGUUGAUUCUGAAGCAGACGGCAAAUCUUCAUCAUGACCUGAUUCCAUUCAUCAAGAGCUAUACCUACCAAGCGACGCAGAAUGGUGUGCCUAUUAUGCGGGCUUUGUUCCUCGAGUCUCCAGAGGAUAACAAAGUAUAUACUAUCUCAGACGAAUAUUUCUUUGGGGAAGAAUUUCUAGUAGCCCCGAUCGUGAACGAAGGCGGCAGCCGAACAGUCUAUUUCCCCAAAGGGGCGGACUAUCUCGAGUAUCACAACAAGACGGACGUGUAUAAAGGAGGUUCAACUGCCCAGGUACAGCUGGAACUUGAAUAUAGUCCUGUGUACAUCAAGGCUGGGUCCAUUGUACCUCGCGGUGACAUCGUCCAAGCGAACAAUAAAUGGACGAAGAACUGGGCGCCUCAUCUUACCGUUGAGGCCUAUCCAAGCUUCGACGUUGAAAGCAGCACCUUCACCUACUAUAAUGGAGUCUCAAAGAAGUCAGUUCCGAUUACAAUGAUUCCAAACAAGAAGCAGUCUUCUGUCAAGAUCAUCUACGGCGAUAUGGGUGUUGGAGGAACGUUGAUUCUUUUCACUAAAAAGGGAGAGUUGAAGGCCCCUCUGGCGGCAACCGGUGGGAUGGCCGAGUUUAAAAAUGUGGAGAGCUUAUUUAGUUAGAGUUUCAUGAUAUUGGGUUCCAUCUCUUAACUUCAAGAGGCACUAGAUAAGACAAGACAAGAGAAAGGCUCGGGGAGGUCUA